AUGGGUGUCAACUUGCAGACACAUACCUCAGUAACAUCUGUCUCGGCAGCCGAUGGAGGCACAAAAGAUUAUGAUUGGGUCGUGAAUACACCGCGCGGCUCCGUCAAGACCAGCACUGUCGUUUAUGCUACGAACGGAUACACGUCUGCUCUCGUACCGGAGAUGAAGGACAAAGUCGUCCCAGUGAGAGGCAUAGUAGCGCGCUUGGCGGGCGAGAAUGCACCAAGAAUGACUGAUAGCUAUAUGAUGCGGUUUUCCGACUACGAGUACGACUACAUGAUUCCUCGACCGGACGGUAGUAUCAUUGUCGGGGGCGGAAGACGCGACUAUUACAAAGACUUGGACGAAUGGUUCGAUGUAUCCGACGACAGCAGACUGAUGAAUGGCGCGCGGCAUUACUUUGACGGUUACAUGCAACGGCAUUUCCGCGGGUGGGAGAACAGCGGUGCACACACAGAAGAGCUUUGGACCGGUAUUAUGGGCUAUUCCAACGACGGGUUCCCUUAUGUUGGGCCUGUUUGCGGGAAACCCGGCCAGUAUAUGUGCGCAGGAUUCAGCGGGCACGGUAUGCCGCAGAUAUUUUUCUGUGCAAAAGCCAUCGCUUCCAUGGUCAUCACGGGUGACGCAGAGAAUGUGGAUCUCCCUGUGCCGUACCGCAUCACCAGGAGUAGGUGGUACCAGCAGAAAGAACAUGUGUCUCUCAAGAUGUGGCAACAGAUAGCGGAAAGCCAGCCUGCUCAAGCACGGUUGUGA